AUGACAUCGAAGCCGCUUCGACCGACAUCGUCUCGCACGGGGGAGACGGAGCCUUUGCUUGAGCCAGCGACACAGGCGCAUCUCGCUGAAGAUGGGCUCCUGGGUAGUGACCGCGGCUCGCAAACAUCGACGGACGAGCUUCCUGAAGAAAGCGCGACCCUACGAAUCGCGGCAGCAGCAUGGUCUUUUGCGGUGGUUGGAUUGUUCACGUCAACGACAGGCGCCGUCAUCCCCCAUCUGGAGGAAUCCUAUCAACUCACGGACAUCCAAGUUUCAGCGCUCUUCCUCGUCGGGCCUAUUGGCUACGUUAUUGCGUCUUAUCUCAAUGAUUCGAUUCACGCCAAGUUCGGACAACGAGGCAUUGCUGUCAUCGGUCCGCUGUGCCAUCUGCUCUAUGCGACUGUGGCUGCCGCACGUCCUCCGUUCCCGGUGUUCCUGAUGGGUGCGGCUGCCGGGGCAUUUGGAGUUGGACUUGUGGAUGGGUCUUGGUGUGCUUGGUUUGCCGCUUUGGAUAAUGCGAAUACCUUGUCAGGGCUGCUGCAUGGUUCGUUCUCUACGGGAGCCGCUAUUUGUCCCUACCUGGUGGGCUUGAUGCUCUCGGAAGACGGCGGAUUGUGGUAUCGCUGGUACUACGUCCUGACCGCAGCAGCUGCUAUCGAAUCUUGCAUCCUCUGCUGGGCGUUCAGAAACGAGGACGCAGAGAGAUACCACAAAAGCAAGCUAUACCAAGAGAUCGCAAGCGACCCUGCCUCCAAAGGAGCUAUCUUCAAAUACAAGGCAACGUGGGUAUAUGCGGGAUACCUGCUGAUAUAUGUCGGAGCCGAAUGCACCAUCUCCGGCUGGAUCGUAGCCUUCAUGCUUCGCGUCCGGCACGCGAGCACCUAUGCAUCGAGCAUCUGCUCGUCUGCGUUCUGGGCCGGUAUGGCAGCGGGGCGGCUGAUGCUGGGCGUGGUGACCGACAAACUGGGGGUCAAACGAGCCGUCGUCUUUUACCUCAUCUUCGCCCCAGUGUUCACUUUGCUGUUCAUUUUCGUUCGGGUGUUGUGGUUCUCGGUCGUCGUUAUGGCUCUGCUUGGGUUCGUGAUGGGGCCUCUGUUCCCCUCGGCCAUCGUUCAGUUGGUCAAUCUGUUGCCCAAGGAGCUGCAUGUCGCUGCCGUCUCAUUUGUCGCGUCGCUGGGGCAGGUUGGCGGCGCGUUGCUUCCGUAUAUGCUGGGAGCCAUCACGCAAGUGGCAGGGCUGGAGACUUUCCAGUACAUGCUUCUGGUUCAGUUUGGUAUCUUGUUCAUUAUCUGGAUCCCGUCCUUUGGCCUAUCAUCUGGCCAGUAG